GACGGCUUGUCGUCACAUGUGAUUAGUGGGUGUGUGUUGUCUUCCUCCUCAUUCAGUGCGACGUUUUAUUAAAGUUGUAAGAUGGCGACGGUGCAUCUGAGGAUCGGGGACCUAGUGUGGGGGAAGCUUGGGCGUUACCCACCAUGGCCAGGAAAGGUAGUAAGCCCUCCAAAGGACCUGAAAAAGCCCAGGGGUAAAAAAUGCCAUUUUGUGAAAUUCUUUGGAACUGAAGACCAUGCCUGGAUUAAAGUAGAACAGCUGAAGCCCUAUCACGCCCACAAAGAGGAGAUGAUCAAGAUAAAUAAAGGAAAGCGCUUCCAGCAGGCGGUUGAUGCAGUGGAAGACUUCCUAAAGAAAGCAAAGGGUAAAGAACAGAACCCAGAGGGUAAAGGAGAUUCAAAGGGAAAGAAGACACCUAACAAGCCACUGAAAAUACUGGAGGAGGAUGAUGAGGAUCUUAGUGCACUGAAGGACCCUUCUGAGAAGGACUUGACUGACUCUGACCCCGAGCCAUCCACUAUUGAGAGGCUGGGGGCUGGACCUGGCUCAGGAUUCAAUUGGGAAAGCAGUCCUGUAAAGGACGACCCACAUUUCCAUCACUUCCUUCUGAGCCAGUCUGAGAAGCCAGCCUCAUCAAUGGAACCCAUCAGCAAACGCCUGAAGAUCAUUGAAGAGGACACAGGGUCAACAUCUAUCCAAGCAGCCGACAGCACAGCCAUCAAUGGCAGCAUCACACCCACAGAUAAAAGGAUAGGUUUCCUGGGUCUGGGGCUGAUGGGCAGUGGAAUAGUGUCUAACCUGCUGAAAAUGGGUCACGUGGUCACUGUGUGGAAUCGCACAGCAGAAAAGUGUGACCUGUUCAUUCAAGAGGGUGCCAGGUUAGGUCGAACUCCUGCAGAGGUGGCUUCCACGUGUGACAUCACCUUUUCCUGCGUCUCAGACCCAAAGGCCGCCCGGGAUUUGGUGCUCGGACCCAGUGGGGUGCUGCAGGGAAUCAGGCCAGGGAAAUGCUAUGUGGAGAUGUCCACUGUUGACCCAGAGACCAUCACAGAGCUCUCACAGGUGAUCACGUUGCGGGGCGGCCGUUUCCUGGAGGCUCCAGUGGCAGGAAGCCAGCAGCUCUCCAAUGAUGGGAUGCUGGUUAUCGUGGCAGCUGGUGACAGGACAGUCUAUGAGGACUGCAGCAGCUGCUUCCAGGCCAUGGGAAAGACUUCCUUCUUCCUAGGUGAAGCAGGGAAUGCAGCGAGGAUGAUGCUGAUCCUCAAUAUGGUGCAGGGCAGCUUCAUGGCCACCAUUGCAGAGGGACUUACUCUGGCCCAGGCAACUGGCCAAUCACAGCAGACCUUCCUGGACAUCCUGUGCCAGGGCCAGAUGGCGAGCACCUUUGUGGACCAGAAAUGCCAAAAUAUUUUACAGGGCAACUUUAAACCAGACUACUAUUUGAAACAUAUUCAGAAGGAUCUGAGGCUGGCCAUCUCCAUGGGCGACAUGGCCAACCAUCCAACCCCAAUGGCUGCGGCUGCCAAUGAGGUUUACAAGAGGGCUAAGGCACUGGACCAGUCAGACAAUGAUAUUUCUGCAGUCUACCGGGCCUACAUUCACUAGAGUGGGGUGUGACCUAUCCCCUGGACCAGUCUUUAAUCCCUUAUUUCUCCAUUAUUUGCUGAGUUUUAUUUACAAUUCGAGUUGUUUUAUUUUAUUUAGCCCCAAUGGCAGCCAUGUUGCUUGCCCACGAGUCAUCGCUUGUAAUUCAUUUUUUAGAGGAAACCUUGAGCAUUGUACUGACUGUACUGGGGGAAUAUACCCUGUUAUGGUGUGUUCAGAACAAUCACAAAGUCGAUUUUUGCCAAAUGCGAGUUUGGCCCCUUGACUGAUUGUGGAGUGACUGGAGAAGGUAGAGAAGGGUUGUGCUGACUUUGUUUGUUGUAAAGAAAAAUGAUGGCUGUAUUCACAUUAGUACUUCCAGAUUCAACCUGGUCCUCCUACUCUUGCUGUUUCUAUAAAGUGCAGAUUUAUUAUAGAACUCACUGUCCACAGACGACAACAAUAAUUAUGUCCAUUUCUUUUGCUCAAAUUGAACGUUCAUGUGAACCGGCACAAAUUUGCCUCACUGCUUGGAUUUAGUAUGAAAUCACAGCAUGGGGAAAUUAUUUUGAUCUGAACACACCAUGAGAUUGCUACAAACGAGGUUGUGCUACUGCUGUGGGAGCAGUUUGUCUGGUUUCUGAGAACUCAAAAAAAGGAAAGGGGUAGAAGUAACACAGGGUGUUUGGGGAGGUGGUCGGGGCAUUGCUACUGUGAAGAGCAGCGUGUCAGACUGAGUCCAGCGAAACUGCUGUCAGGUAUAGUGGAUACAGAAACCCUAAAGAUUUUUUUUGUUAAUGUGCAAAUGAAGAGUUUAUUUAAUUGAGUGUAAUAUUUGCUUUUCUUUUUAAUCGUCCAGAAUUCCAUGAGAGAAAAACACCAAGAACAUGCCACUGCAUUGCCUUAAUAUUGUAACCCCUCAAGUCUUUCAAUGAUAGAUGUAUUUAUUUGUGCUUUUUUCCAGGUCUUCUUGGUGCAGUAUCUUCAUGGCUUGUUUCUGUGUUUGAUCACAUGAUAUAUGCUUUUACGUUGGUGUUAUUGAUUACUCUUUCUUGAAGCGGUAAAGGACAGCAACAGAUGUGUGAAGGCCUUAAAAUGCAGUAAUAAUUGAAAUGACUCAAGACUUGAGGUUCCCACAUAACCCCUUCAUUGUUUUGCUUGGAAGAGUUCUCAGUUCGACAGUUUUUUUUCUUUAUUUUUUAAUAUAUUAACCUGUAACGAGAUGAAUCCACUUCUUGAGUUGCAUUUUAACUGAAGUUCAUGAUUUAAACCCAAGUGUCAUGUUGUUGUUUCUGCUAAGUUAUAAGUAUAAAUGGCUAAAUUCUGAAGGCCAAGAUUAGAGCAUCAAGGGGCAAAAAUCGCAGAUUAAAAGACAAACUAAUGAAACAGUUUAAUGUGGUUCAGUGGUGGGAAUGUUUCAAUAGUCUUAAAGACUGGCACUGAAAUAAAUAAAACAUCCUCAGUUCACUUUGGACUAUUAUUGAUUAACUGUUUUAUCACUCUAGCACACACACAGACAAACACUUAAACCUUACUGUUUGUUCCAUUUCCAUAUUGUUACUUUUUCAUUUCUUUCUUACAUCGCCCACCAAAACACUUCAGGUAAAGUACAGUGAGGGGCCGUUGCUGAUCACAUGAUAGAGAGGGUCCAUCUUGGACCCUCAGUUCUGGAAGCUGACUGAUUGAAACAUCAGCAGUAUUAUCAGCUGAUAAAGGCUAAUUACAGAUUGAUUCAAUCAACCCAUGUCAGUAAAGAAAUACUAAAGAGAUCACUUUCACUGACUACGUGAUCUUAGUACUAAUAUAUUCAAAUACAAUAAAGGGCUUAUUGUAACACAAAUUUACUGAAUCGUUAUUUAAGAAAUCUUUUGCUUGUUCAGUAGCCAAUAUGAGCAGAUCUAGUUUAUGAACUGAAAUGUUCACGUUGAUCUGAACUAAGACAGAUACCGACGUGUUCUACUUGACUCUUUUGAUGAGUUUGAUCAGGUUGGAGCAUGUUCUGUACUUAAAGCUCUCGGCUCUCUGUCAGUAUGUGUCACAUCCCAGCAGAUCCAAUCAGGCUGUUCUGAUAAUAAGUCUUACUUAAAUUUACUUAAAUGUAAUUUACGUUCAACAAGUUUUCCGUGGUGGCCUGUUUUGAAAAGGAUUUUAAAUCCUGGACCUGUGGAGACCUCUAGGGUGAAGCAUGAAUCAUGCCCGAUAUCAGUCUACAGAUGCAAAUAACAAUGUCCGACAUAUGCAAAGACACAUGUUGUUGUGCAUGCUCAGCCACAGGUGUUCUAUCCCUGCAAGAUGGAGUUCAUUAACUGCAGAUAUUUGUUAGAAUACUUGCAGAGUGAGUUAGGAGUGUUACGCCUCGUUCCUUGUUUUGUUUAUCAUCAAUUUGUACUUGUACUUCAGAUCUAAUCUGCCCUGUGUGGUCACAGGAAGUAGAUACAGGAAUGGGUCUUUAACACGAUUGCGAUACAACUGCAUAUCUGUCAAACACAAAUAAAUAGAGGAGAAAUGAUCACCAUUGUUCGGCCCCACUGUCAAUUUGGGGUUUGUCACCGAGUGAUUCUGAACAGGAGCUGCCUGUAGGCCUGUUGCUCUUACACCAACAUGAAGACAGUGAAGUGUGAGGUGUUUGAGCAAUUAGAGAAAAGACCUCUGUUUUAUUCCUUUACUCUUAACAAGUUGAAACUGUAAAUAACUUUCUUAAAGAGUUUCUCUCAGCAAGAUCAUUGUUUUGUUUUACUUUAAUCCAGAACCUGUUUUGCCAAACGAGUGAUAUUUAAGGCGUAAAGAAGUGUUUUAGGAGACGGAUGUAAAUAGCAUUAGUUUAAGUAGGGUUUCUUUUAUAUCUACAAUAACUUGGAUUAAUGAAGGCAACUUCGUUUUGGUUUGGACUCUCAGAGUGACAGCUUUUUGGCUUAAUACUGUGGAUUGUUAAAGAUUAAUUGGUUUAUUCAUAUGUGGUUUAUUAUUAAUCUGGUUCAUCAUUGCAAUUAAAUGACAAUUACUUGAAUCCUGUUGAAAGAAGGAGGGUGUAACUUUGGUUCUGGGGAAAUGUUUGAUUUUGUGUACAUGUGGAGAUAUCAAGACUUUUGUGCUGUUUAAUAAAUUCUCUCCUGAUUACUGACA